ACAAUUAAUAUCUGUUAUUUUAACAAUAAAAUAUACUUCUAAACGGAUGAGUGAUGAUCGUAGAAUCCAGGAUGUGCGUUUGGGAGGUUCGAUCAACAACGUGCGGACUUAUUCCCAACAUAAUAAUUUGCCAUUGGGCGAGAUGUCUUCUACAGGAAAGAUGCCAUCACUCAUUGUUUCACACAUCUAUGGAGAAGACAUGAAAAUUUCCAAAUUGCUGCGUCGUCUGCAAUCGGAAAACAACGCGGCUGCUGCGCUGGAACUUUGCAACAAGUUGGAAAUCGCUGUGCGUGCGCAAGCAAAUGCAACAUAUAUUUGUCGCACAUUCGAUUUGUUGAUGGAUAACAUGAUAACUGUGUUGAAGCAAUGCCCGGAAGAUUGUCUAGCAAAGGCUAGCACAGUAAUGGGCGUAAUGGGCUACAUAAAUCGCAAUGAUUUUCCAGUUUAUAAGAAUUACAUUAUGAAGUCCUACCAGGGAUAUAAAUCGAUUAGAAAAUAUAUAAUGCUAGCGUUGAAGACUACCUUCAGCUGUGAUGCUGUAAAUUUGGAUCUCAGCGUCUACAGCGAGCGGCUACUGAUCGUGUUGAAGGACUACUUAGAGAAUGCUGAAGUUGCUAAUACUUUCAUAGCGGUAUGUGAAGCGAUUGUGGAAUUUUCAAAAAAUUAUAAACGUGCAUUCGAAGCUCAUUUCACGGAUAUAGUGGAUAUAAUUGUGGGCUGGCAUUUGGAAGCCGAGCAACCGGCUAAUCUCAAGCUUCAAUGUUCAGUGGCGCUGCAAACGUUUGCUCCGUAUUUUCUAAAAGAAUUAGAUUUCACAUUUGGCUUGCUUGGUCAAUUUCUUGAGGAUAUUGUUGCAUUGGGGGAUGAAAUAUCACAAGGAGCUUCACCCACUGCAGGCGAAGGAGCUGCACAUUCUAGCCAAAGCAAAGUGGAAAUGCGCAUAGGCUGUUUUAUCGGUGCAUUUAACUCUAUACUAAAAUCGCUUUCGAAUCGUAUGGAAUUUGUCGGUAUUAUUGUAGGACAAAAUAUUGUAAAUGAAGCAGCUAUGACCAUUUUUAAGACGGCGGAACAAACGCUGAUGGUGGCUUUAGUUACCGAAGAUACUAUCAUGAAUAUUAAUGACUUCUUCUGUCUGCUCUUUUCCAACAACUAUGAUAUAAUGAAGUUGGUGAAUAUCGAGGACUUAAUAGCACUGCAAAUGAAACAACUUCAUUACUUUAGUGACUCGCCCAAGCUUAGUCUGCUUUAUUUGAUACUUUGUGUUUUUAGGCAGUUGCGCACUAAACUGCCUCUGUCUGCAGUCACCUUGGUAUUCGAAACAACACACAAUCCACUUGCCACUAUUAAAUUUACAAACAACGAUAAGCUACGGCGUAUGUUCCUGAAAGUAUACCAUGAAAUCUUAAUGAUAAAAAAUGUACCAUUGCUACAGGAGACUUAUCGCCACAUAACUGCGGAUAUGUUUAAUGCAAUAGCGAUCUUAAAUACGCAUGACGAUCCAGUAACUGAAAAUUACAGUGAGGUAUUGCAAGCGGAAUCGACGCUAAAUUUCUGUUUAACUGCUUUGUCCGUAUUGGCCACCCAAACUUCUUCGAUUAUCAGCAUGUAUGCGCUGCAUCCCUCGAUUUUGGAGCUGUUGAUUACUAAUUGCAAAGCAGGUGACAUCCAAAUGUGGCAACACUAUCCCACAUUACACAACGCCUUGCUAAAUGUGCUGGUAGUGCAUUGCCAGAAAAACCACAACUUUCGACCGACCUCGCGUCUACUAACUGAACCGCUAUUUGCAUCGAAACACGCGCUAGAUGAAAAUAAUUCACCAACAUCAGAAAAUUUCAGUUUGAUUUUACAAUUUUUAGCUGAAAUUUUAUGUGCUGCUGGUGAUUUAAAUGUGACCAACUUGAAUUUGUUACUCGACUGGGUCAGUUAUAUACUCAUAGAGUGCCGCGAAAACGCUGCUGUGCUAGAGCAACAUACCAGCUUUGUAAAUAUUUGUAAAUCCAUCAGCCAAGCGGCUUUUAUAUCGCCGCUAAAAUGUGCUAAAUGCAUUGAAAUUGUGCUUGAAUACGCGUCAAUAGACGCAGAAGUUUUGGAGUAUUUCCGCGAUGUUGCGACCAUUAUGCUCGAUGUAACUGAAGCAGAUGUACGACGUGCUUACACCACCAUCCUUGGCAAGCUGCCACUCACAACAUGCCUUACGUCUGUGCGGCUCACUACUGAGAUUAGUGCCCGCAAAUCACAGCUUAACGAACUCGUGCAAUGGUAUCGUUCAACUGCUUAUUAUGCGCCGAUGCGCAAUAAAUAUUUUAAACCAUUUCUUGAGCGUAUUGAAAAUGAUAAAACAUGCGAUGAAUACGAGCCGCUAUGCCAAUAUUCCAGCGAAGUGUUUUCGAAAUGUUGGGUGGCGCGUUAUCGUGAAAACUCGACAGCCUAUGAAGUUGCUGUGCGGCGUAGCUGCCACGCGCUCGCGCUUUGGGUGGAAUACGAGGCGGCACGUCAGUGCGUGUGCAACAAGUUACGCACCACAAUCGGAAAACCGCAAGAGACGUUUCUAGCUAUUGAAGCCAUAAUUUCAAAAUAUGCGCGCAUAUUGUCUACCAAGAGUGGACUUGCCAGGGUUUGUAAUGUGCGCCAGGUGACACUGUGUCACUUGAUGUCUUUGCAACGUAACACGCGGCUGCUGUUGGGCUUUAUCGAUAGUUUAGAAAAGCACAUUUACAAUGCAGCCGAAGGAACGGCAUUCGCUAUACCAGCACUUGAUAAACCAAUUAAAACUUUCUUCCGCAUUAACGCGCACACUUGCAACGAGUGGUUGAAUCGCAUUAGACCGAGUGUGAAUCUCAUCGCAAUGCACAGCAUGAUGCCGGAGCUUGUCAUACGGAAUUCAGAGGCAAUUCUCCGCAUGGACAAACUAAGUGACGUACAGUUGGAACACACCAUUGUAACGAUGGUUUGGGCGCUACUUUGCUGCGACGAGCCCUACACGCUGCAAGGGCUGCACAUAUGGCUUAAAUCCAAACACCCGAAAGUUGCUAGACGCUGUGUGUGGAUUUUAUAUGCCGCUGAACAAGCUUCUGGGAAUAAAGAGCAAGCUGCGGAUAACUACGAAGCCUUUCUCGCCGAGCACGAGUCAAACUUAGAUGUGCGCAUUAAAGACUUCGUUGUCGAUCAGUUAAUAUACUGCCUACAUUACACUAGCCAGUGGGCGCGUUGUCACAGAAUGCAUGCGCGUUACAAGAAAGGACAAAAGCCAGAUGGUUUUUAUUUCGAAUUAGCUGAGGCCCUUGUGAAUGAUUACGAAAGUGAGGCGCGCCGCAGUGUGGCACUGCAAAGUGCUAUUAUGGACUUGUCCAACUGGUCGCAGACCGACAGGAACGAUAGCAGAGCCGCGCAUGCGCCAGAAACUUUUUCUUACGACUACAUCACACACCAACUGCAAGAUGCUUGCGUCACGCAUGCGCUGAAAUGGGACGCCAUCGCUGCGCCUCCACUUAGCGAGGAAGUGCAGGAGUGCAUACGUAGUGGUGUACAGGAACUACCCUAUCACAAUAGUGUGCGUGUCGGUGAGCAUCGCAAUGCGAUAAGUGAAAUUGUCGUACUCAAUCAUGUGGCGCAAAAGUUGAGCUCUGGCCAGCACUUGCAUGUUGACAAAACAAAUGAUAUAUGUAGUCCAAAAGGCACUGAAAAAUCGACUUUUUUGCUGAAAUCUUUGCUAUGGACUUUGCUAUUUGAGCAUCGGAAAGGAGCGUCUGCCGACAUGCCACGUCAUUAUUCACUUUACCUUGACGUGGCGAACAGCGCGCGUCAUGAGGGUAAUUCUGGUUUUUGUCGUUCGAUGUUGCAACGCUUCUUCCGGCUAAAGGGAUUUGAAGAUUCGCUAUCCGAAGUUUCACGGCAACUGCGCGAAAAUGAGUACACUGUGAGUGUACGUGAUGCGGAUUUGAUACGUGGCUUUAGCGAGUUAGCCAAGUGCUCUUACAUCAAUUCGGCGAAUCAAAUGAACGCCAUCAGUCUGGGGGCUGCAUUCUGCACGCAAAUCAUACAACAAAUACAGAAGCAACCGCACGCAACAUAUCCAUCCAGCAGCGCAGACAUGCUGCUGACACUGGCUGACUGGUUGUCGCCGCGUGUUGGUGUCCCUUUAACUUGCCACAGUGUGAGUGGACCCAGCUUGGCAAAUAACAACGUCAACGCAGCCUUGGCUCUUACAGAAAUACAAGAAUUAUUGCAGCAUCUGCCCGAUGUGUCGGAGCAAUUGGUGAAAGAAAGUGCUGACGAAGCAAUAAACACGUUGAUACCACCGGCGGAGAAGGCGAUUGGCAAGAUGAUCAAUGCUAGCAUCUGCCAGCAAAGAAAUUCCUGCGAUGCUUGGUUCGCCUAUGGCAAUUGGUGCUAUCGCUGGGGUAAACGUCUGAUGGAUGCAAAGAAUACAAAUCAAAUGAAGAGCGGACUGCCACAACGGGAAAUGCACUCCAUACGCGAUAUCAUGGGCGGCAAUGUCAGUGAUGAUGAGAUCAACCAAGUAGUCAGUGUACUGAACGGCCAGCAGUUGAGCAGCAUCGAUGCAGAGGAGGAUAUAGAAAAGAGCGAACUCAGUUCUAGCGAAUUGAUAGAGCACGCCUUGCGGCGCGUGGACGUACUGGCUGAUAAGCCAUCGGAGCAAAUAGCAAGCAUAAUCAAAAUCUGGCGACAGGCGCACCGCAGCAUCUACGUCUAUUACGAAAUGGCUACGAAAGCGUACUUCAACUAUCUAUCGAUCGGCAAUGUGCAAUGUGAGACGAAAAACGCACCCAGUGAUUGCACUUCCGUCACGGUAACAUUGCGCUUGCUGCGUUUGAUUGUUAAAUAUGCCGCUGGACUGCAAGAUGUACUUGAGGAGGGCCUGCGCAACACACCACUGCGACCUUGGAAAGUCAUCAUACCGCAACUCUUUAGCCGGCUCAACCAUCAUGAACCUUACGUGCGCAAAAGUGUAUCUGAUCUACUCUGUCGCUUGGCACAGGAUCGACCGCAUCUAAUCAUAUUUCCUGCGGUGGUGGGCGCGCAUCAGGAAUCGAAAGAGUCGACGCCAAUAAGCGAUAAUUUGUUCGAGGAAAACAACACCGGAAAUAACAAAGAGCAGAAGUGUAGUACGCCACUUUCAAAUUGUUUCCGCUCAUUGUUGCAAACGUUGUCACAGCAAGCGCCGGACACUGUAGCGCAUGUGCAGCUGCUGGUGAGGGAAUUGAAACGCGUCACCCUACUUUGGGAGGAAUAUUGGGCGCACUCGCUCUCGCAAUUGUACAGCGAAUACUCGGCACAUUUUAACGCGCUAGAGGCAGAGCUGAAGAAAGCUGGUGGCACAGCCACAGAAAAAAUAAUGUUAAAGUAUUCUAUAUUGAUGAAUCACGUGGUUUACGAUAUGCAACGUAUUGCUGCCGUCACUAGCAAAACGGCUGAUACCAACUAUGAGCGAAAUUUUCAAGAGCGCUACAGCGCGCUGGUCGCCAGCACAAUAAAUGAGCUAAAUCAGCCUUUCAAUCCCGCUAAGCCUUUCGAUGGCUGGGUGCGCAUCAAGCAGUUAUACAGCGUUUUUCAGCAACGCUCACUGCGUGGCUAUGCGUCCACACUGAAAAUCGCCGACCUCAGCCCAGCGCUGGAGAAUAUGCGCAAUACAGCCAUAUCCAUGCCAGGCGUCGACACUUACGCAAAGGAUCCAGUCUAUAUAAGAUCCGUAGACAGCGCGGUACAUAUUUUGCCCACAAAGACUAAACCUAAGAAGUUGGCUUUCUAUGGCAGUGAUGGACGCAAAUACACCUAUCUAUUUAAAGGUCUGGAGGAUCUGCACUUGGACGAGCGUAUAAUGCAGUUUCUCUCCAUUUCCAACUCGAUGAUGGCGCGCACGUACAUGGGUGUCGAUUCAUUGCAGCGCACACGCGCCUUCAAAGCGCAUCAUUAUUCCGUCAUACCGCUGGGCUCACAAUCGGGUCUAAUCAGUUGGGUUGAUGGUGUCACACCACUCUUUGCCAUCUACAAGAAGUGGCAGCAGCGGGACGCUGCGUUAAAGCAACAACAAAAGGAACGUCAAGCAACACAGCAAGGUGGUGGACAACAUGUGGAUAUUGCACCGAUUGCUACGCGCCCUUCGGAGUUGUUCUACAGCAAGUUGACACCCUUAUUAGCUGAGCAGGGCUUGAAAAUCACCGAUCCGCGGAAGCAGUGGCCACUUGCAACAUUACGCCGUGUGUUGGAGGAGCUUAUCAAAGAGACACCAAGAGAUUUGCUGGCUAAAGAGCUGUGGUGCUUUGCUAAUACGGCCGUCGACUGGCGCAACUCAGUGCGCAGUUAUGCCUUAUCCAUGUCUGUGAUGUCAGUCAUAGGCUAUGUGAUCGGCCUGGGUGAUAGACACUUGGACAAUGUGCUGAUUAACUUAACUUCAGGUGAAAUUGUGCAUAUCGAUUAUAAUGUAUGCUUUGAGAAGGGCAAAACCUUACGCGUGCCCGAGAAGGUGCCGUUCCGUAUGACACCCAACUUGGAGGACGCCUUGGGUAUAACCGGCAUUGAGGGCACAUUCCGCUUGGGCUGCGAGCAUGUUUUAAAAAUAUUGCGCAAGGAGCGUGAAACUUUGCUCACUCUGCUGGAGGCAUUUGUUUACGAUCCCUUGGUCGAUUGGACUGUGAGUGAUGAUGGUACAAGCACCGUACCACGUGCCACGUCAGCCCAUGCUGCUGUGUUGAGCCUAAAUGCAUUGGAUGCGACAGCGGCGGUUAUGCAAAAGGAAGGCAGCGCAAAAGUCAAUGGACCUAUUGAUGAUACUGUGCAACGCCGACAGAAUUGGGAAUGUACGCGUCAGUCAUUGGAAAUGCGACUGAAUGAGCUAAAACCUUAUUGGAUCCAAUACAGAGAUGAGCUGCAAAUGCGUCUAACCGAAAUCGAAGGAGCGCUCGAUCACCUGAUUGCACUACAAGCGGAGAUCCGUCGAGAAGAACAAGAACGCGAUCGCAUUUCUAAGCAAUGGGCUAUGAUACGCGAACUGCAAGCGCUCGGCACUGCGAUGGGCAGUCAUGCCCUCAAUACGAUUACCGAUCGUCACAACACAUGCAAACACGAUAAGGAAGCUUUCACUGCAGUCAAAGAAAAUGUACAAAAAUAUCAGAAGGAUACUUUUAUGCUGCUCAAUACCUACUUUGAACGCUUGCUUACCGCCUAUGCCACAAAUGAGCUAUCGGCACUGCAAAUGCAACUCUGCGAUUUGCAGCAUAAUGUACCAGCGAAUGAAUUCGAAUUGCUACGCACUCUGCUCGAGCAGAGCAAUCAAGAGCAAUUGUAUGCGCAAUGCGACUUCACGCGUAAAGAAAUGGACAAUACGCUCUAUCAGCAGUGUCGUUGUGCCCUGGAAUGCAUCGAUUUGCUGCAACAAUAUACUGGUGUAAUGCAAUUUUAUCCACGUUCGCGUUUACUGCAAAAUCGUUUGGUUAAAUAUGAGAAAGCUUAUCGCGAAUUGAUAAGUGAUGAGUUGAGCAUGGCAGAGCUGCAAAAACAGUUGGAGGAGUGGCAGGAAGGUGAUGAGCAAGUUAGUGUAGUAGACACUGGGAGGCGACAUAUCGUGCAAUAUGCAAAUGGGCUGGAGAAGGUUUGGAUUGAGGCGAAUAUGCAAUUGGCUACGGCGAUUAAUGAUUUGAAUGAGCACUCCAAUCAAGUGUCAAUCUCAUUUGAUGCCGCCGUCACUACGAUACACACAUUCAUUGCCUUGAAUCCGGCCAGCCAUACGCAAGCUUUGCAAUCGUGCAUGCUUGAAACAUUGUCAAAGGCCAACGAUUCAUUAUUGCUCUUCGAACAGGACGCUUUUGAAACUGAAGAUCUCUUUUUGCUCAACCAACAACUGAAUUUCCUCGAAAUGUUGCAUCAAAUGUGCCAGGUAGCCUUCCCGGAGGCCGAUCAACAGUACUACGACGAUUUUCUCUCACUCUCCGAGGCACUACAAUCGUUGCACAAAUUGAAAACUGCUUUUGAGCUAACGCUGCCGGAACGGAUAGUACGCCUAUUCAUGCAGGAUAAUGUAGAAGAAGUACGAACGGCUUUGGCUGAGAUUUGUGCCUACCAACCACACGUUGCCGAGUCGGCGCUGCAGCUGAACGAUGACAGCGCUGAAGUGACGUUGCUCUUCAACGAAAUUUAUGCGCUUUUCGAUGAUUUCGAAAGUCGUGUUAGGCUACUGAAACCAACAGUGGAGCUAAUGCUGGAAAAUAUGAACGUUUCUAAUUUCAAGCAGUUUGUGCAAUCACACUAUCUGGGCAACACCAUUGAUGACAUUGCAGGCUCGCUGAAAUACGAAGUGAUCGUUGAUAUUUUCCGUUCGGCCCGCGAUAAUGUGUUUGCGCUAGUACACAACGACGUGCAGCGCAUUUACGAUGUGCGCCGAAUUUCAGCACCGUUAAGUAACUACAUUAACACGCUACAGCGCUCUAUACUUUGCGGACUGCCAUCGCUUUUUGCACACAUGCUACUUGACACUCUUACAGCACUCUCUGCACAAUGCCUCAAUUUGCGUUGCCUGGACGCAACAACCCUCCUGAAUGCAGGAGGUCUGUGCCAGAAUCUGCUGCAUGCGCUGCAACAGGGCUUCAGUGGCAAAAACUUCCAAAUACAGGUGCUUUUGCGCACUAAGUUGGCCGAGCACUGCGCGUUAGUGGGUAGCGCACACUAUUGGUUGAAUGAGGUUCAAUUGCAGCAGUCAGACACACAGCUAAUGUAUGGCUUUCCGAAGGAUAAGCUGCUCAAGUCCGUGCAAGCAUGUAGCCAAUCGUUGAGCGUUUGGAAGCAUACAAUGAUAAAAAUCCACGAAGAUGUGGAUGAGUAUACGGCAGCUGUGACGCAGCCACUCAACUGGGCACUGCAAACCAACAGCAGUCUGUUGCCGUUGCAGGAGAAUUUCAUGGAAUGUGUAAAGGCGCAGGUGUUGCGCUACAAUGCACUGUUGCAGCUAACCACACAGAUGUACGAUUACGCCAACGCCUUGCUGCAGUUUGAGUUGCUGCAGAGUAAGGAGAAUCGCCUGCAGGCCGACAACGCUUUUCUGGCUGUGCUGCAACAGUGGCAAGAUGCCAUGGAUACUAUGCGGCAGAGUAACGCAAAUGUUACACCUAUUGAGCAAUCGAUUGUGCAGCUGUUGGAUCCGGAGGGCAAAGUUGAUCAGUGUUGGAUACAGAAUGUUGCUGGUUUGCUGGAUGAAAUGACAUUCACGGUGCAGCGCAAAUUGGCCACGCUCGAGCACGAGGAAGAAGCAUUGAAGGAGGGACUUUUUGAGCAGGGACAACAGAUGCUGCCCCUUCUGGAGCAUCAAGUGCGCAGUGAUAUGCGCCAACUCUUCAAAGCAAUUACCAAGAACGAUCGCAAUGUACGCAACUCAGCUGCUGUAGACAGAGCAGGCUUCGCAGCACACGCACGUGACCUUCAGCACGCGCUACGUUUCUUCCACAACAAACUAAAUGAGUUACAAAUGCAGCUACUCUCUCGCAAUACCACCGAUACUACUCCCAUAGAGCUUAAGGCAAAGGUGCGCGAGCUACUAUCGUCUCAUGAACAAAAUUACGCAGCCCUGCUAGACUUGGGACAACGAUUCAAAGCCGAAGACUGCGAGAGUUCGACGAGCAGUGUAACUGUGGAUUCGCCCUUGCGUAACAGAGCCAGCUAUGCGGCAGCUUUGGAGGGUGUCCAAAAAUCUACAACUAGUAAUAGAGAGGAAGUGCCAGCGAUUACAGCAGUUGAUGAUGUCACAGGCGAUAAGAAGGCUGCCACUACCAAUAAUCCUGGCGAGCAAAAGCGCAACGCAUACGCUGUGUCCGUUUGGAAGCGUGUACGCAUGAAAUUGGAAGGUCGCGAUCCCGAUUCGAAUCGUCGUUGUACUAUUGCCGAGCAAGUUGACUAUAUCAUACGCGAGGCAAUGAACCCCGAUAAUCUAGCUGUGCUCUACGAAGGCUGGACUCCUUGGGUGUAAAUGCUUAAUGAAACGGCUUCGUACAUGAGAAGCCUUAACUUAACUCAAUUCAGCAGUAGCAGCAGCAGCAGCGCGACUACACUCAAUGAAGUGGACAACAGUUAGCGGAAGAUAAUCAAGCAGUGGUAGAUAUCAGACGAAGGCGAACAAGUGGAAGCUGAUCAUCCGAUACAUACAUACGUAUAUACAACAAUCACCAUUAAUAUCAGUGCGACGUCGAUGGGAUGCCAGAGGGAGCAGCUAUUAGCGGGAAAUAUUUAAACAUCAAAAAUGGAAGGGAGUAACAAUAGAGUGCUGCUGCCUGACGCACCUAUUCCCCAAUAUUAUAACUAUAAAAAAAAGUGACAGUCAAUUUUGUUUCAUACAGCUGGCAAAGACGUUGGGUGGAUUGUUUGUUGGGAUGAUGGGGUCGAAAAGUAAAAUCCAGUCACUAGCUAAGCGUGUCAGCAUUUCGACAAUUGUCCGUUACACUUCACUGUCAUUUGGCAUAUAACUGGAUUUUGCGAUGCGGUUUUGCUGUGUGAGGGUGUGUGCAGGGUUGACAUAUGAUUCGUUAUGCUGGUGUAGUGCUGUGUGUGGGGGUGAGGUGAACGUUAAAAACUUGUUGUGUGCGCGCGCUUUGUGGCUGGGUUUCUUUGGCAAAUUUCAAUCUUAUAAAAUUUACUUCUUUUAAAUUUUCUUUUCACUAUAAAUUUCCUAAUUGUUUUGUCGAUAUACUCUUAUAGCAUUUGCAAGUAAACUCUUUGGUCGGAGAUUUACAACGACAUCUGUAUUAAACUAUUUGGUGACCUAAUUUUAAGUUGGCCGUGAAAUAAUAAAAAUAAAAGCUAUACAAUAUACAUAAAUAUAACAGCUUCUUCGAA